AUGGUGGAAGGUCCAGGCUGCGCGCUGAAUGGCGAGAAGAUCCGUGCCCGCGUGGCCCGCGGCCAGGUGGUGCGCGGCGUGCGGGGAACUGCGCUGCAGGCGCGCUUUGGCUCGGCUGGCGCCUCUUUCUCGCACACGGUCACUGACACAGUGACUGGGAAUACGGUUUCCUGUCAAGACUGCUUAAGUGUGCUUGAUGGAUGUGUGUACAAUGGUGUGGAAACUUUGGGGAAGGAGCUUUUCAUGUACUUUGGACAUAAAGCCUUGAGGAUCCACUUCGGCAUGAAUGGUUCUUUACGUAUAAAUUCAGAUACAAGCCAAAAGAGAAGUGGAGCACUGCUAGUCCUGGAAAUACAACUUACUUCUGAUUUGGUUUGUUUCUAUGAUGUAACCGUGGAACUUAGGAAUGCAGCUGAAAGUGAGCAGAAAAUUAGAAUGUUGGAGGUCCUAGAUGUGUGCUCUCCAAAAUUCAGUUUCUUAAGAGCAGAAACUGAGAUUAAGAAGCAAAAAAGCCGUAUGUUAUGUGAUGUGUUGCUAGAUCAGGCAGUCCUACCCGGGGUGGGAAACAUCAUAAAGAAUGAAGCACUUUUUGACAGUGGUCUCCAUCCAGCUGUUAAAGCUUGUUACUUAACAGAUGAGCAAGUACAUCACUUGGUGAAAAUGACCCGCGAUUUCACACUACUCUUUUAUAAGUGUCGCAAGAUGGGAUCAGCAUUAUACAAGCAUUACAGGGUGUACAAACAGUCCAACUGUGGUCAGUGCAGAACAAAGAUCACAGUGUGUCGUUUAGGAGAGGACAACAGAAUGACCUACUUCUGUCCUCAGUGUCAAAAGGACAAUCCUCAGCUUGUGGACCCUGGCAAACUGCCAAGAAGAAAUAGUUUAAUUGGCUGGGCGUACGGCAGGGGGCCAUGUUCUAAAGGACAAGUUGCUCAGGAAUCGGAAGAGGGGUGGGCCUGUAGACGCUGCACUCUAGUAAACAAGCCUUCUGCCAAACUGUGUGACGCAUGCUUGACUCCAAGGCCUGAAGUUCAAAACAUGCAGAGUAAUGAAAAUUUAACAGCUUCUCACAGUGACUUAAUCAAGUACCCAUGUAACAACUUUGGAAAACCAAGGACAGAAAUUAAGAUCAACAGGAAAACUGUGUUUGGGACAACAACUUUGGUACUGACAGAUUUUGCUAGUGAAUCCACUCCAUUAAAACAGAAUGGAAGUAAGAGUCUAGCUACAGAUGGAAGCUCCCAGCAUGAGUCUUCAAGAAAUGAUUGUAACAGUACUGAUCACUAUGCAGUAAAUACACCAGUACCUGUUCCCUAUCAAUAUAAUUCUUUAAUGCCAGCACAGAAGAAACGAAAGAUUGAUUACCCAUCUUCAUCUGCAGGAAUCAUCACUGAGAAUUUAGCAAGCAGAGCACCUCCAGAUAAUAUGACAGAUGGCUCUCCUACAUUAAAUGCUGGCAAUCCUCGCUGUAGUAAACACAGCCGCUUCUGUGUUCUCCGUGUCGUGAGAAAGGACGGAGAAAACAAGGGCAGGCAAUUUUACGCUUGUCCUUUACCUAGAGACACCCGAUGUGACUAUUUUGAAGUACGUGAGAUUUGGGCAGACCUGCAGUUUCCUUUCUGCAAUCAUGGGAAGCGCUGCAUCAUGAGGACGGUGUUGAAGAUUGGCCCUAAUAAUGGAAAGAAUUUCUUUGUGUGCCCUCUUGGGAAGGAUAAACAGUGUGACUUCUUCCAGUGGGCAGAAAAUGGUUUAGGAAUGAAGAUUAUCCCACGAUGCUGA